AUGGAGAAUACUCAAACUAUUAGUUGUGAAAUACAAAUCAUAAGAGGAAGAAACAUAGAGCAAAGCUCUUUAGGAAAAAGCAACUUGUUUGUUAGAUGCUAUCUUCCAGCAGGAAAUAACCAAAGAGUUCAGCUAAACAGCCAAGAAAUCUCAUCAUCAUCAAAAUGUGAUAGUAACUUGUUUUGGGAUGACUCUUUCUCAUUGGAUUGCAUGGGAACUCAAGACUCCAUUAACAUAUUGAAGCAAGGAACAGUUGUUUUCGAGCUUCGGUCAAGAAAGUAUUUUCCAGUUUUUGGGAAAAAUAUUAGUGGAUCACAACUGUUGGGGAGAGCUGAAAUUCCAUGGAAAAGAGUAUUUGAGUCGAGAGAAAUGGAGAUAGAGGAAUGGGCAAUAUUCAUGGCUACUUCUAAAAGUAAUAAGCGGGUGAAUAAUGAAGAUGUGAAACCUCCAGCAGUGAAAAUAGCAAUGAAGGUUAAAGUAAAAGAGACAACCAAAGUCAAGAAAAAUAAUAGAUCAUGGGAUGAGUCAUGUGCUUGCAAGGGUUACUGUGGGUGCAAUGGUUGUAAUAUUUUCAGUCCUCAAGAUUAUGAAAUAUUUGCACUUGGAGCUGCUUUAGAUUAA